AAAUACUCGUCGAAAGAACGAUAGCAAGAAGAAGAAGAAAAAACAACGCGCUAAGCGCACACACUUUGCUAUUUAUUUUGUAAUUUUUCUCAGCAUUUUUCUUUCAAUUCUGCUCUGUGUGCUGGCUAAAUUAUGGACUCUCAUAGCCAGGCUAUGAAAAAAAAGAAGAGGAACAAAAAUCGAAGAAACAACAAUGAUUCGUAUAAAUUGGAAACAUUAAAAAAGCAAUCAAAAAUGUUCGGGCCAAGGGAACAGCAACAACAACAGCUACAACAACAAGAAGAACCACAACCGCACAAAAGAGAUGCGGUCCGGUCUUCGGGUCAGUUUAACCUGCGCUGGCGUGUUAACCUGCUGCUGCCUCUCCACGCAACAGUUGAAAUUUCAGCUACACAAGUUGCCCAGUUGCCCUGUCCAUGCAGCUUCACACGAAGGGGAAUGAUCAAGGGAGAGGAGGUGGGGGUGUACUCGAUUGAACAACCAAGCGAUCGAGAUCGAGAUAAAAGACAGAGAGAGGGAGAAUAAAACAAAUACCGAAGACCGAAGACACAAAAAGAAUGUUUAGAAAAACGUUUGGCCCACGUUUCCUAGAAGUCCAACAAACCAAGUCAACUCAA